AUGUGGCCAGAUAGAUUGGCUGCGAGUCAGGAAGGCCCUGGAGCCUCCACACCGUCCAGCCGUCCAUACUCCCCUGCGCGACGACCGUCACAGCUCUCUGGAGCUAAUAAGCCAGGCCAACAGGCCUUCAGCCCUCGUUCGUCGUCGCUGUCGUUCUCGCCAUCCCCGAAUGCCUCCACCAGCUCGCUCCCCGGGACCGUACGAGCGACGAACGGACUGUCCAGACUGUCCCCGUCAGCCAUGAGGAACCAAAGCUUCCCCGACCCGGUAGAAGUUUUAAACGGCAUUAUAGGCCAGCGGCGUGCCCGUUCCGGCUCUGAUGAUGAGGCGAUCCUACCACUGGAGAAGCCGGAUGUCCUUUCGGAGACUAUCGAGUUUGGCGAGCUAAGUCUGGCGGAAUUUGCCCAUCGGACAGAGACUCAGCCGACUCGUCCGGACCGUAGUCAUGGGCUGCAGUCCAUUGAACAGUAUGAGAGAGAUCGAAGUAGAUUUGAAGAGCUUCACAAUUCGAUAUCAGGCUGCGACGACGUGUUGAAAUCGGUUGAAUCAUACCUCACGAAGUUCCAGACUGAACUUGGUGCUAUAUCCUCGAAGAUCGAGUCUCUACAGUCCCGCUCAUUCCGCCUGAGCUCACAACUCGAAAACAGAAAGAAUGUCGAACGGAUUCUUGGCCCAUCUGUCGAGAAAAUAAGUGUAUCGCCACAUACAGUCCGGUUGAUAUCAGACCGUCCUAUCGACCAAGAUUGGAUCAAGGCUCUUACUGAGCUUGACACCCUCUCUUCUAGUAUCAAGGCAAACGGAACUACUCCUGAGAAUAUUAAGGCCAUUGAAGACGUCAGGCCCUUGUUGACAAAUUUGGAGGAAAAGGCUGUGGAGCGAAUUCGAGACUACCUCGUCACGCAGAUAAAAGCCAUUCGAUCCCCGAACAUGAAUGCUCAGGUUAUCCAACAACAGUCUCUACUUAAAUAUAAGGAUUUAUAUGCUUAUCUUUCCGCUCACCACCCGACAUUAUCCGAGGAAAUAACACAAGCAUAUGUCAAUACAAUGAGAUGGUACUACCUCUCGAACUUUACACGAUACUCCCAGGCUCUUGACAACUUGAAGCUUUAUUCCGUCGAUCGCAAUGAUCUCCUUGGAGGUGAUGCAUCUUCACAAAGGACAGCCCACGGUGGUUCAGGCGGCCGCAGCCCUGCCCUUGCAGCCCAUGAUCCACUGGCUUUAGGCCGCCGUAUGGAUAUACUGAAGACAAAUUCUCCCGCGGCGCUCUCCUCUUAUCUUGCAGAGGAAGAUAAAUCCUCGCACGGGUUGGAGGUUGUCUUCAGAAAUUUCAAUCUUGCAUUGAUCGAUAAUAUCUCCGCCGAAUACUCGUUUAUGGCCGAGAUGUUCGCAUCUAAAACAAUACACUAUGCGUCACAAAAAGUGGUGGAGAUCUUUGACCCUACCUUAUCUUCUGGGCAGGCGCUAACGAAGAAGCUAAUUGAAAAUACAACUGAUUGUAUCGGAAUCCUUCUCUGUGUCAGACUCAACCAGCAAUUCGCAUUCGAAUUGCAGCGCCGGAAAGUUCCUGUGGCGGAUCCUUAUAUCAACGGUAUCAACAUGCAGCUAUGGCCUCGGUUUCAGAUGAUUAUGGACCUGCAUUUUGAAUCAUUGAAGAGGAUAUCAUCUGCCUCAGCUAGAAGCAGUCUUUCGGUACUCACGUUGACAUCAGGUGACGCCCAAUCAUCUGCACCGCAUUUCCUUACUCAGAGAUUCGGACAAUUCCUACACAGCAUCUUAACUCUAUGCAAUGAAGCUGGGGAUGACGAGCCCAUUUCCAACAGCCUGGGCAGAUUGGUGAAUGAGUUUGAUGCCCUUCUUACCAAGCUAAGCAAGAGCAGCGGCGAUACGAAGAGACGAGAGCGGUUCCUCUUCAACAAUUAUUCUUUAAUACUUACUAUUAUCAGCGACACGAAGGGAAAGUUAGCAAACGACCAGAAACAGCAUUUUGAGCCGUUCGUGAAGGGACCAGGAAGCCGUCGAUAG